CCGCGAUUGCAUCGACUGUCAACGGUGGAGAGACAUGCGCCAUGGAGACGGAGGACAUUCUGAAGGGUUUUGCAGAUGGCAGCAAGGAAGGGAAUUCGGCUGAAGAGAACAACGCAGACUGUGCAGAGGUGCUUGCGACAAUAUGUGCACAGACUGCAGAGAUGAUGGGUGAUGGUGAUGAAACAGAGAAUGAUGCAGGAGGGAGCACUUGUGAGACGGAAACGGUUGGGGAAGAGAGAGAGGAGGGAGGUCUGGGAAGUAGGGAAUCUUUGACAGGGUGUAUUGUGAAAGAUGAAAAUGUGGUGAAGACAUCAGUAGGAGAAGAGUACUCGUAUGACAUCAAUUGGGUGCCGGGUCGUGUUCAACUGGGUAUUGUUGCAGGAGCACCCUGCUUUGCGUUCAAAGUCGAAGGGACAUGGGUUCCAUUUCCUGCCCCCAAAAUGAAUACAUGGAUGAUGAUGCGUGAUGCCAUGAGAAAUGUCUGGAGCACGCAUUAUGUGAAUGACAACGUCUCCUUCAGGCACCUCGACAGGGAGGUCUCAGAAGACGAGAAGAAGGCAAUGGCAUGUCCUACCCAUACUGCUGGCUGUUUUUUCUGGCCGCUUCGGAACCCUGUGGAGUCGGAGGUGGUUGAAGAGAAAGUUUUCACUGGUGAGGAUGACAGCACAUACACGCAUGCAAGAGGGCAGGAAGCCACGUAUGAUGGACUAUGCUCGCAGAUAUGGGACCAUGUCACAAUGAGGAGUGACGUUCUGUCUGCCAUGGACAUUGGGGCCCGUGUCAUCCCUGAAGGACAGUUGCAGCAGCAUAUGGCCCCUAAAAAGUAUUGCUAUCGUGUCAAUUGGGUCCCAAAAUGUUUGCAUCCUGCAGUGGUUGAUGGCAAGGUGACGAUGGCAGCAAGACUGCAAUCAGGGCAUUGGCUCCCAUUGGGAUGGAUGCAUGCAGGCAUUGUGGAGCAUUGGCAGUUCCUCGUGGUUCUGACACGUGUCUCAAUUUUCAAUGUGAAUGUAAAGGACCACGUGCUGGUGGUUGAACACGCAAAGCGCUGCUGGGAGAAGAUAAGGGAGGAGGAGCGUCAGAUGGUGUGCGCGGGUUAUGACUCCAUGACUGACCAGGGGAUGUGGUCCAUGGUUGAGGGGAGUUGUACGGGCCAAGAGCACGACAACGGUCAGAACAGAUACAUGGCUCGCAUUCGCCGCAGGCACGGUUGCACGACCGUUCUUAGUUGGGUCCCGGUCGUAUGUCCUUUGACAUAUGAGCAUGGUGGAGACGUCGCCAUGAGAUUCAGAGACCCGCUUGGUGUGCCUUUCCAUCUGACCUACUCAGAUGGACUCCUGCGAGACAUUCGGUAUCUGCCAGAUAAUGAUUUGGCAGGUUCAGUGCAGCCAGGCAAGAGGACAGAGAAGCGGUCAGAAAUUUUCCGUUUGUCUGCUGAGGUGGAGGACCCAUGUGGUCCUGGUCGCGUCGGGGGGUGCUCUGCAGCACAGGGUGACAUGGGCGACCCGUGCGAUGUCGCGAUGUCGCAGAGCCCGGGGAAGAAGAAGAAGUGCACGUCGGGACCGCCACGUGGGCAGACGCCCGCAAGCAGAAAGAAGGUGAACCCCAAGGAGGUGCCGGUGACCGGAGACACCGCAGGUCCACGAACUCAGGUCCCCAGACGCCGUCGACGCCCCGGGAUGACAACUUUGUCGGAAAUCAGAAAGUUGCAACGAUCCACCGACCUUUGCUUGACUUUCAGGCCAUUCUUGCGUCUCGUGCGCGAGGUUGUGGAGGAGGACAUUGCUCCGGGUAUGGGCGUGAGGUUUCAGAUGACGGCGAGAGAAGAGGACGAAAGACAAACCGUACGCAUCAUGUCGACGUCAGUAGCACAGGUGGAGGCUGCUCUUGCAGAGGUAAUGAAGUAUGCAAAGGAGGGCGUCCACUACAACGGUGACAGCGAGUCGUCUUUGCUUCAGGACAGGGUGCCGAGGUACUUCAUAGUCGCUGUGGAUAUGAGAUCCACAAUCAUGGCAAACGGCGAGGACUGUGGCAAAGCACGAACACUCUUGCAACGCUUCAGAGAGUCAUCACAUGUACGUGUGGACAGCGAUGUGAAAGACAAUGCAUACAGUCCAAAAGGAGUGGUCCAGUGGAUGUGCAGCGAAGGGAUGUGCGAAGAAGGAGACGUGGACAUGACAAUGCAGCAGAAAGGGGGGACAUAUACACCUGCGAACUUGGGCAAGUUGCUGAGCACUGUGACACGGAAUGGAGGAAUGCUGGUUGAUGGGUCGAAGGACGAGUUGAAGAGUGGUGCUGCAGAAAUCUUGGUGUUGUCCAGAAUGAAGGACAUUACACAAACAUCGCCAGAAGACUUUCAAGAUGUUCCUGUCAUUGUUGCAGAUGGUGUGGAAUAUAUUCUGCUGGAUCAACUUCUGGACUUCAUGAAAAAAAGUGUCGACGACAGGAACGUCAUCCAUGAGGCGUUGCACGAAGUCACAAAGUUUGCACUACAGGGUCAAGAUCUGAUAGAAUUUGUGUCAGCAAGAACAGAAGACAACAUCAUAUCUGGCAGACCGUUGUGGAGGGAGUUAUUAUCAGCUGCUUUGGAGCGGCUCGGUCUUGCAAGUUGCGAUGUUGAGAGACAAAGAGAAAGAGAAAAAGGGUGGAAGGCGAUGGCCACGGAAACAAAUAUAGCAAUCAUUCCAGACAACGGACAAACAUCAGCAGCACAAAAAUCAAUAACCAGAAUGACAAACGAUGUGCCUCCCAUGCAGACAACAACGAGAGAGGAGCUAGUGUGUUCCGAUAUCUUCAAUGCUUUCACAAUGGAGACAUUACAGUGUGAUCGUGGAUUUGAAAAGGCCGAUUUGCCAAGUUGUUGUGCAGAUUACACAGACGGUGCAGAAGAAGAAGAUGAAGAAGAGGAUGAGGGGGCAUCAUCUUCUGACGUGGAAGUGAGCGGCAGCGAUGUCAGCAGUGACGAGGAAGACGAGGAACAUGUUGUAUACUAUGAUUUGAAGGCGGCGGGUGAACAAGUGACAAAAGGGUGGGCAAAUGCAAUUCUGAGGUUGGCAUGUGCUUUUUCCGAUCUGCACAAAGUCCUGCGUGUUGUGAUGAAGGAGGAAACACCAGAUGGUGCACUACAGUAUGCCGCAGUGACCAACGUCUUUCAUGUCAUUAUGAGCUCACAUCGUGCGAGGGCAUGCUCAGCCGUGGCGGACGAAAGAACACAUGGGCAGGAGAUGGGUGUGGUCGAUGACGCCGGACCAUCAAGUAUAGGUGCAGUGAAUCUCGUGAGCGAUGAGAGCGAGGACAACGGGGCCCCCGAGAAUGUAGAUGGGGAGGGCGGGACAUUCAAAGAGCAGCAACCGCAGCCUGUCGAGUCUUUCGACAACUCUCGCAAGCUGGCGACACUGAUUUCUCCGCCAGGGGCCAGGGGCGGUGUCGGUAUGUCGCAGAGCGACAUAGAUGCUCUCUUGUCACUUCUCACAGACCCGAGAUUCAACACGAGAGACAUCGCGUAUCGUAAUAGUCGAGAGUGUUUGACAUGGGCAGGGAGUCUAGCAGAGGCUGCUGGAUGGAAAGAGUUGGAUCUACAUUGUGACGAUUGGCCACAGGAUGCGCACGCCAUCUUGUGGCACCGCGACUGGCGAACGACAUUUCUGUCGAUUUUUCAUAUCGCAUUACAGAAAUGCGAGACGGUGUCUUCUCUAGACGUGUCUUCGCCCGGCGUCGAGAACCGUUCACCCAAUGCCCCCGAGAAGAGGUUGUGGGAAGACGGAAUGUCAAAGGUGCACCGCAGGACAACGAAGAGAAUCACGUACAAAAAGGACAGAAUGGUGAAGAUGAUCGAUUGGAGAGCCUCGGACGUAUGCACAGUGCAGCCAAAGAGGAAGCAGAAGACGAACAUGACCAGUCCAUAUAAGAAAAGUCUGACAGGGAGGAGAACGAGGCAACAACUGACGAGGGAGGUGACAAUGAAACUUCCGACGGACAUUCUCGCGACAGUCACGACGCUGAUGACGAAGACGGCAGGAGCAAUGAUGGCACAGCGCAGGACGAGGGCGGUGACGGGGCAGGCGAAGACGACAGAAGCGCGGACGGAAGAGGAAGUUUCCCAUCUCCGGGAAGAACGCGACGCACGAGGGAACUCGAAAGUGGCGGCGAGGGAGGCGCAACCGACGCGCCCUCCAUUGACAAACAACUAAUGAGGCACGACAACGCAAUUAAGAAAGGUAAACAAAAUGUCCUGCAGUUG